GAGACACAUUGGGAAGUGAGGGGUUAAGACUGGAUGCAGUACCUGGCCACCUGGCUGCGGUGCCAGGCACCGAUCUGUUGGGAAGUCAGUGUGCCAGCUCUUUGCUCAGCUCUGUUGAUAGUGGAAAUGUGCCAUUUGUAAGGUGUGUUGCCUGAAACACGCAGGCAAAUGUAAACGUUGGGAGGCCCUAAGUAAAUGGUGCUGCCUGGCACAUAGUUGCUGAUGGAGGUAUAUUGGCUUCCCCUGGCUCUCCCCUCCCAUAGAUCUGAGUCAGAGAGAGUGUGUGGAUGGGGCCAAGCACCUCUCCUACACAAGGAAGGGAAAGGCACAGCAACUUCCCAGAGCUGCAGGAUAUGGAAGCACGCGUUUCGGUGCCCAUUCCUCUCACCUGGAUGGACCAUCCUGGGGAUUCCUGGUCCGAUGUCAAAAGACUCAGCAUAGGAAACACCUUGUACUCUUCUAAAAUCAAAGAACCUGACAGCUCGUCCUCAUCUCCAUCGUCUUGUUCUCAGGGGGACCUGGGUUCCAGCAGAGCUCACCAGUCGGACAACGAGAGGAACCAGGCUCUACAGGAAGGCAGGUCGCCUACUACUGCCCACCACCUGGGUCUUACCCAUUUCUCCACCCUACCCAACCCGGAAGACGUCAUACUUUUCAGGGAUUUAGAUCACAUCAACAAACUGAUCUUACCCAACAGAGACUCAAGAUAUAGUACUUUGCCUGAAUCUCAAGGGGACAUGUACCAAACCCUGACCAUAACUGCGACUCAGGGGCCUGUCAGCUAUGAUGGCUCACCUGGAAGCUUCAUGCACUCCGCUGCCAGCUCUCCGGUCUAUGUGCCCACUACCAGGGUUGGAUCUAUGCUUACACCCAUCUCCUACCUUCCUGGCAGUGGCCAUUCCCAAGGUUCCCACUCUGUGAGCAAUCACUCAGUGUGGUCCCAACCCGCAUCAGAGACCUCCUCAUAUAACAGCAAUAGCCCACAUGCCUCCAGCAGAUACCAUUACUCUCCCAGUCCACCCAUGGCCAAUGGGACCAACAGGGACGCUGGUUACAACAAUGGCAUCACCGUGAAUGGCAGAGAUCAAUAUACUUCCUUGGCUCGGCCUAUAAACGGAUCCUAUGCUAGUCCCUACUCGUCUUAUAUGCCACCUCCUCUGCCUACAGCCUGGCCUUCUGGACCCUUUGACAACUCCAUGCUGCAUAGUCUUCAGAGCAGACCAGGGGGCAUCCCUAUGAGAGGACAUCCUGGAGAUGUCCUGGAGGAGCUCCCGGAGAGCAGAGAGUGUGUGAACUGCGGCUCAGUGCAGACCCCCCUAUGGAGACGGGACGGCACCGGCCACUAUCUGUGCAAUGCAUGCGGCCUGUACAGCAAGAUGAAUGGACUGAGCCGACCGCUCAUCAAACAACAGAAGAGGGUGAGUGCAGAUGGAUUAGAACACCUGUCAGUUUUUACUGCUGUCUGUCCCCCGCCAUCUUCUAGAAGAAUUGGCUUGGCUUGUGCCAACUGUCAUACUACCACAACAACGUUAUGGCGUAGAAAUACAGAGGGAGAGCCAGUAUGCAAUGCCUGUGGCCUAUAUAUGAAACUACAUGGGGUACCACGGCCGCUGGCUAUGAAGAAAGAUGGAAUUCAAACUAGAAAAAGAAAGCCAAAGAAUCUAAAUAAGUCAAAAGCAUCCUCUAGUAAUGGUACCAGUAGCCACCAAAUCCCUAUGACUCCAACUUCCACAACGUCACCAACGAACUCGGAUGACUGUAUAAAGAACGGUUCUCCUAACAAUCAGAGCACUGCUUCUGGGGUGGGGUCGUCCAUGAUGUCUUCACAGCAAAGUGGAAGUACCAGUCCAGAUAACAACACAUUGAAGUACACAGGACAAGAUGGCCUUUAUUCAGCAGUCAUUUUGGGAUCCUCAUCUGACGUUGGGGGAUCAGUUAGACAAGAUACAUGGUGUGCUUUGGCCUCAGCUUGACUUUUACCACCAGAAGGGCAACCUCUUCAUUCAUGAGUGCUUUUUUUAGCAAGUUGAUGGACCCAGAAUGCUCAAAGAACAUUUUCUCAACUUCCAUAAAGAACAUUUCCUUCACUUUUUCAUUUUUAGUGUUUCAGUUUAAGUGGAGCUUUGUGGGGAACGUAAUAAUAUGAUCUUCAUCUAUGCAAGAGGCUUGGGUCUGAGACACACACCUUACUUAUUACUUACUUUAUAAACCAUCAUUGACUGAAUGUUCAGACAUAGAUGAAUGCAAUAACUGUGUUUGAAAGCCUGUAUACUCCAGCAUGCAUUGAGAAAUGCUGCCUUUUGAGAAGAAACUUGACCCAGUUUUCUUUUUAAGGUUCACAAGUAAUGGAUUUUCUUCCUGCUGCCUUAUCUACUAUGUUUGGUUGGAUCCAAUGUUUAGAUCUCUAUGAUAAUUUCAGUAAAGGUUUACAGUCACUCCUGUCACUACACCAAUCAGAUUACUUAUAACUACUGCAAUAUAAGCUUCUGACGGGGAAUGCGAUAUUGCUGGACAGACAUACAAAGAUCUUACAGAAUCUUACAUUUAAAGGAGAUGAGCAAUUAAAGCACCAUAAUGAAAAAGA